AUGGCAGGUCUCAAUGUGACAGCCUGCCGCUCCGCGGCUUGCCGUGAGGAGAACGCGCAGGUGGCCGGGGGCUUUCUGCGGAUCCUCUCGGAGCGGGACGGCCAGGACGCCACCAGGUACUACUCAGCAGCUGUGACGACCAAGGACCGGGUCGCUUGGUCAAGCGCGCAGCAGCCUUUUCGCCUUUGCGUCCGGGCGCAGCUGCCGUUGAACUCCAAAGGAGUGUGGCCUGCUCACUGGAUGCUGCCACAGAACGGCUACUCUGAUCGAUGCCUGGAUGAAGGGGAGAUGGACAUCACGGAAAUGGUGAGCAGUGACGGCCUCGCCUACAACACGUACCACUGGAUGUCCAGCUGGCCCGGCGCGCACUGCGGAAAGUUCGAGGAGUUUCACAAGUCCGUGGCCUCCUCGCACAAAGUCCCCAGCUACAACACGGAAUUCCACGAGUACGCCGUAGAAAGGUCUUCCUCGCGGAUCACCUUCGCCAUUGACGGCCAUGUCACCGGGAGCUUCAGCGCGGAGCGCAACAACUUUGUGGUCUCCGAGACCCCCUUCUUUCUGAUCCUCAAUACUGCGAUCGGCGGGGGCUGGCCUGGGGCACCCUCGGCAGAGACGCAGAUGCCGGUGGAGCACCUCAUCGACUGGGUGCGGGUGGUGCGCAAGUCAGAGGCCUCCACCGUGGCGAACGGCGGCUUCCAGGUCUCCAGCGAGAUACGGCGCCACACCGCGCUUUAG